CGGGCGAUUCCCAUUUGCAUUCCCUUUGUGUGCACAUCCAUAUAUGCUACCGCAAGUUUUUCAUGAUUCUAGACAUUAACAAUUCGGCCAAAAGAGACUGUUUCGAAUGGUCUAGUUAAUUUUAUCGAUAUUUUAGAAGACCUGAAAUGUUUUAGCAAAGAGUACAGUCUACUGUACCAGUUUGUAAUCUCUAGGACUUGCCAAUUGUGAAAUGUCAUGAUGCCCCAUACAGCAGGACAAACAGGUGUUAAUCAACUUGGAGGUGUGUUCGUCAACGGCCGACCGCUACCUGAAUAUACGCGUCGCAAAAUAGUUGAGUUAGCCUGCUUAGGUGUACGCCCAUGCGACAUAUCUCGCCAGCUGCUGGUAUCCCAUGGAUGUGUUAGCAAAAUUUUGACUCGUUUUCACGAAACCGGCUCCAUUAAGCCCGGUUCUAUUGGAGGAAGUAAACCAAAGCAAUUUCAAAUCGCUACGCCAUUGGUUAUUAAGAAGAUUCUUCAAAUGAAGCGAGAAAAUCCCUCCGUGUUUGCCUGGGAGAUUCGUGACACUCUUUUGCUGCAACGAGUGUGCGACAUCCAUUCAGUUCCGAGUGUCAGCUCGAUUAACCGCAUUCUGCGUACAGUCAAUGUCGAUUCAAUCAGUUCUGGACACACUCAAGUCACUUGCACCGGAAGCGAUUCGAGCCUCCCAAAACCUAAAGCUCUUGUGCCCAAACUCCAUAAAUCCAAGCGCAAAUUAAUUACGGAUAUCAAACCAGUUAAUACCUUCGGCGAUGGUUUCACUAUGGAUAAUUUGCUGAAAUCAACUCCCUUUGACGCAACACUGGAAAGGCCAGGCGCCACUAUAGUAAAGACAACGAAUACUGAUCGCCUGUUAAUGGUUUCAUCCGUAAAAUACGACUGGUAUCAUACAUUCACAAAUUCCAUUGGAUCGCAACAGUCAGCGUUUCGCCCGUGGGUACAUCAACCUUCUUCUAAAACCGCUUCGUUUUCUGAUUCAACGAGUUAGUGACACAAUAUGCAUACGACCUUUAAUAAAAUUGCCGUGAGUAGCUCGAUCGUGGCAGUUUGCGCUGUUCAGAUUGCAGAAAGGGCAUCGGUAUUCCCUAAAGUAGUAUCCACAAAGGCUAUGUGACUUAACUUUACCUUGGCUACAUUGCGAUAUACAGAUACUUAGACUGGUUGUGAGUUUGUGAGCGUUGGG